GCGCCUUCAGGUUUGGGCAAGGCACAUUGUGCAGGGCUGGCUUAUCUGGCUAUUGUUUGUGCUGCUUGUGUAUCACUGAAGGCUUCGGUCUUCAGGACAUUCCAGCUGGAACCUUUUGCUUGAAAAUUUUUUUAGUAAAACUUAGAGAAAGUGGUGGGGGAGGUAGGGCAGUUACUGGAAGGCAGAAGGAGAGGGUUAGGAAACCAGAGGUCAUUAACUGGAAGGGCAGUUAAUUUAUAAUUGGUGCAUCCUUUUUGUGUCUUUGUUCUUCAGACUGGGAGCUGGGGACUGAGCUGCCAAUUCUGGCUUUACAUUAACUAGCUUGGCCUGCUCUGCACAGUCUUAUCUCAUUUACUGUUUUCCCAGCCUCUGAACAUAGACAUGUAGGAUUAAAACAAGCUUUCUUAAGAUGUGCUACGUUGCAGAGAGAGAGGCUUUGUUAAUUCCCUGCCAAGCUGUCUGCCUUUGUGGCUUAGCUGGUGUAACUUACUGCAGUGCUAGUAGGAGAGAGGAGAGGCUGCACGUUGCUGAUGUAAGCGAGUCGGUUGCAGCUCAAAUCACAGAAACUAACGCGGAAAAAGAUCUAGGGGGGAGGGUUGUUUCCCUUCCUUCCCCAGGUCAGUCACUCUGCUCUAAAUCUUGCUUUUCUGCAGAUGGCCUAGGGAUUUUUUUGCAGUCCUGGUGGAAGAGAAUUGUUUUGCUCAGAAGUAUCAUCAUGCAGGCUGGUGAAAUACAGGUCUUCUAGUCUGCUCAGUUGAUUCACCAAACCCGAGUGGGAAGCCUAACUUGGAUUGCUUGCUGAGUUACAGGUGUCUUUCUUGCACAAGGUUAUAGUUUAUUAGUAUGUGAGCUGCUUUGUUAUGCACUGUAUGUAACUCUGAGCUGAGGCUGUCAGUGCCUUUGCUUAGAGCUGCAAGAGGGGACACAAGGUUCUUUGUUUUCUAAGGCAGUGUUGGACCAUAAACAGGACUGAAAAGUGAAGAGAACAUUAGCAAGAUCAGGUCUGUGGAGAGAUGCCGUCUGAUGUAACAGAAACCUCUGAGGGGGUAGAUGAGGCAGAGAAUGUCCGCUAUGAGGAAACAGAAGAGGACAACAAUGUCAGUCCCACUGACCUCUCAGAGAUGCUCAAGGAGGGGACGAAAGAGUCUCAUGAUCGUGCAGAGAACACUCAGUUUGUCAAAGACUUCCUGAAAGGACGGAUCAAGAAAGAGCUCUUUAAGUUGGCUACUGUGGCACUUUACUACACAUACUCUGCCCUGGAAGAGGAAAUGGACUGCAACAAGGACCACCCUGCAUUUGCCCCUUUGUACUUCCCUCUAGAGCUUCAUCGGAAAGAAGCAUUGGCUAAAGACAUGGAGUAUUUCUAUGGGGAAAAUUGGAAAGAGAAGAUUCAGUGUUCAGAGGCAACUAGGAGUUACGUAGACAGAAUCCAUCACGUUGGGCAGUAUGAGCCGGAGCUGCUGGUAGCCCAUGCCUACACACGGUACAUGGGGGACCUGUCUGGGGGCCAGGUACUCAAGAAGGUAGCCCAGAGGGCCUUGAAGCUGCCCAGUACUGGGGAAGGGAUCCAGUUCUAUGUGUUUGACAACAUUUCCAAUGCACAGCAGUUCAAGCAGUUCUACAGGGCCAGGAUAAAUGCCCUGGACUUGGACAAGAAAGCCAAGGAGAGGAUUGUGGAGGAAGCCAAUAAGGCAUUUGAAUUCAACAUGCAGGUAUUUGAUGAAUUGGACAAAAUUGGUGCAUUGUUAACGGAAGAAGCCCAGGAUGGAGGGCUCCCAGUGCAUGAUGGAAAAGGAGACCUGCGCAAGUGCCCAUACUAUGCCACAAAACUAGGCAAGGGGGACUCUGGCUGCCCUUAUCACGUUGCCAUGGCCAUGCUGAAGCAGCCCACCAUACAGUUUGUCCUUGCAGCUUGCAUUGCCUUGGCUGCAGGUGUUGCAGCCUGGUAUGUGAUGUGAUGGAUGGACACUAGAUGGAGUUACCUCGUGGUGACACAAGCAGAUGAACACACACUUUUUGGGACUGCUCCUCUGCUGUUGGUGGAGUUUUUAAAUGCAAGAUUUAAGUAAACAAUAAACCAGAAUCUGCAGUGAAUGCCUAGGACUGUUUGCAUACCAAUAACCCAAAUACUGCAUGGUACCACACCUAGUAAUCUAUAUAAUUACCCAGCAGGGUUCUGAGCUAGUAACUUAAUGCAGGAAUUGUAGUCUAGCUCCACAACUGCUACUUGAAGCCAAAAUCUAUAGUGACCUGGUGCGGGUGUUAAAUCAGGGGAUGGCUUUAGCCAGCUAUUGUCAAAUGAUCAGCUCUUCAUAUCCCUGAGCAGGCUAGGGUUUGAUAGUGUUGUUUGCCCCUUCCAAUGUAGUAUGGCUCCUCACAUGCUGAUCAAGCAUGUAGUUUGUGACACUGGGACAGAGCAUUCAGAGCUGGCUCAAUCAGGAAUUGCACUUUGUCCUUCCCAAGGAGAAGGUGGGGGGGGAAUUCAAACUGCUCCAAAAACAGCUCAAAGGCAGAAUAACUUGCUGCUCAUGCUGCAAGGACCCUAGGCUCAAAACCAGUUUUAUAAAUUAGGGUCCUUUUUUGCCCUGGCAUGUAGCAAUUGCUGAGCGAAUAACUUCGUAUGGGCUGGGGGAGCAAGUCCUUGUAUAUAUUUAAUGGUUAACUUUUUCAUGUAACUUAAUUGUGAUAAAGCCUUUGAUCCAAUAAAGUUUAUACUCUGA